GUCUAACAGUUGUUGCGGACCCGGACACUUCCGAAGUAGUAUUGAAGCACUCCAUGGAGAAAGGCUACGUGACUCAAUUCACUCGCUUGGUGAUCGGCAACGGCAGUAUAUUUGCUGCAGUGGACAUAUGGCGGCCGCGACGGAAAAUUUUAGCACCUGUCUUUAGUAUGAAGAAUCUAAACGAAUUUGUAAAAGUGUUUAAUAGACAAAGCAUGAUCAUGGCCGACAUGCUGGGGCCGAUGGCUGGAGGCGCUGACUUCUCCGUGUGGAGAUAUUUUAACACUUACACUUUCGAUUCAGUUUGCGAGACCACCUUAGGCAUUGAUUUAAACAGCCAAAAGAACCCAGAGCACAGUUUUCUCGCGGCCUUCGACUGGCUGUCGCAAGACGUGGCAAAGCGAAUGACGUCCCCGUGGCUGCACCCGGACUUCGUCUAUCAGCGGCUGCCGAAGUACAAGAAGUUUGUCUACCACAGACAAAACAUACAUAACUUUGUUGAUGAGGUAAUAAAAAUGAAACAAAAACAACUAUCUACAUUUCAAAAAGGGGACAAUAAGGAUAUCAGCGAGACUGCUCCAAAAACAUUCCUAGACAUGAUGAUAGAGUCAUCAGACCGCGUAGAUAAGAAAUAUUCCGACCUGGAGUUGCGCGAGGAGCUGAUGGUGAUCGUGUUGGCCGGCACCGACACCUCCGCCGUGGGCGCCUCCUUCGCCGCCGCCAUGCUGGCUCGCCAUCCCCACGUACAGGAGAAACUACACCACGAGUUAGAUGUGGUGUUCGGUAAGUCAGACCGAGCUUUGACCGUGGAAGACCUGCCGAAGCUCAAGUACUUGGAGGCGGUCAUCAAAGAGACUUUACGGCUGUACCCUCCCGUGCCCGUCACGGCGAGAGAAGUCAUGAAUGAUGUCAAAUUACCAUCAGGCACCACUCUGGUGGACGGGGUGACUGUGGUGCUGAACAUCUGGGCGACGCACCGCAACCCCACCUUCUGGGGAGCUGACGCGGAGCAGUUCCGCCCGGAGCGCUUCCUGGAGGGGCCGCUCAAGCACCCCUCGCAGUUCCAGCCCUUCUCGCUGCCCAUGAGGAACUGCCUUGGAUACAACUACGCUAUGAUGUCGAUGAAGACAAUGUUGGCCAACAUGCUGCGCCGCUACAGGAUACUGCCGCCUUCGGACAUGGACGAGCACAAGCUCCAGGAACCCUUGAAGGUCUCAUUCGACAUCAUGAUGAGGGACAUGGACAACUACGAAAUAAGGCUAGAGGAUAGAACGGAAAAUCAGUUUAGCGAGGGGAGACUUCUAACCAAUCAAAAAGAAACAAGCCAAUAAAAGACUUAUUGUUAAGA